CGCGAGGAGCAAUUUAUUGUGACUUCCACAAGGGACGAGGACGCUGAAAUAACUCAAGGGAGGACGACAAAGCUCAUCUGAGAUGCUCGACCUUUUCUUCGUCCAGAUAUUUCACAGUAAGGAAUUAGUGCCCGGUGUUUGUGUUUCAACGCACUUCUCUCGCUCUGUUCUUAUAACGAAAACAACAAUUUUGACGCUGAACUAAGUCGAAUCAGAUGCCACGGAAUACCAGGAGUCAGUCUUUGAGCCAGUGACAUCCUCAUCUGAGAACACGGGGAGACAGCUUCUCCCACAGACUUCAGGAUUCAUAAACUGUCCACAGGCUAUAAGAUCAUAUGAGUGCAGCUUUCAGCACACCGUUCAUGAUGAUGCAGCGUCCGGUGGGAAGCACCACUGCAUUCAGCAUCGACUCGCUCAUCGGAGGUCCACCGCAGCCCAGUCCGGGACAUUUCGUGUACACGGGCUAUCCCAUGUUUAUGCCCUAUCGGUCAGUGGUGCUUCCUCCGCCUCCUCCACCACCUCCUCCAACUCUUCCUCAGAGCGGUCUCCCCGCCACCCAUCCGCACCACCCGAUCCCUGGGUUACCCAGCGGGUUCUGCUCCAGCCUGGCGCAGGGCAUGGCGCUCACAUCCACGCUAAUGGCCACGUUACCCGGCGGCUUCUCCACCUCGCCGUCUCAGCAGCAUCAGGACGCGGCGAGGAAGCUCGGCUCUCAGUCUAUUCACGCCAUGUUCGAUAAAUCUCAGGACAUUCGUUUGGAUGGAGAAGACGGGAAAACGUUUCCAACGAAAGAUUCAGCGAGCCUUCCGUCAUUUCACGACUCGCAGUGCGUUCACACUUCUACAGUCCGAGGUCACAUCAAAGACGACACGAAGGAGGAUGAGUGUCACAGGAAAGAUGAGAGCUUCUCCAUGGACAGUGAUUUAGAUUACAGCUCCGAUGAUAACGGGCCCGGUAACGCCAUGUGUCAUAGGGAAGAUGGAGACGCCAACGGAGGACUGGACGAUGGCGUCCACGGCGGGAAUGGGGCCGGGAACACCACGUCCACCGGGAAAAAUCGGAGAAGGAGGACCGCUUUUACGAGCGAGCAGCUCUUAGAACUGGAGAAGGAGUUUCACUGUAAGAAAUAUCUUUCCCUCACAGAACGCUCGCAGAUCGCCCAUGCGUUAAAGCUCAGCGAGGUGCAGGUCAAGAUCUGGUUCCAGAACCGGAGAGCCAAGUGGAAACGGGUCAAAGCGGGCAAUGUGAACUCCAAAACUGGAGAGCACUCGAGAAACCCGAAAAUUGUGGUGCCCAUUCCGGUGCACGUUAGUCGGUUUGCGAUUCGCAGCCAGCACCAACAGUUAGAACAGGCCAGACCUUGAUACACUGAGUUUAGACACUAGAGGACUAGAGACAAAUCAGCGAAUACUAGAUGACCAAACUGUUCUCGAGGCUGAUGUUUCUAAGGAAACCAGGACACGCAAAUCUAUCCAGCUGAUAUAGUUUGUGCUCUAUAAAUAUAUUGGGAGAAGUUUUAUUUCCAACUUUGGACCAAAAACAACUUUUAAUUCAGGAAAUUCCACUAGGCUAUGUAUUUAAAAGAAAAUAAUCGGGUUUCUGUUUUAUUUUGUGUGACUGUCUAGUUUCACGUGGUUUUGGCAGAGAUGAAUUUUAUCCUAAAAGGAGCACUUUCGGUCUUUGCUAAAGAACAAAAUUAAAUUAAAUUCAUAGUAAAAUUAACACUGUUCCCUCGAAUAGAACGACCUGUUUAAUAUGUUCCCUUUAUUUUAUAUGAUAAAUAGUCUAUAUUUUAUUUUUUAUUUUUUCUUGCAUUCAUUGUCUGUAACCUUUUCAGACGUCAAGGGCACGCUGCUAAUUUAUUUAAUAUUGUGAGAAAAAAAGUUGCUAACGUUUCAUGAGUUCACUGACUUCGGAAUAUUGUGUGGAUUAAACUGGACCAUAAACAA